AUGGCCAAGGGAAAGGCUAAGGCUGAUGCUUUUGCAUCCUCUCGUGAGAGGUCCGUGGGAUUUAAGUUCAAGAAGGCACAUCUCAUGUUGUGUGCCAAUGAUUUAAACAAGAAGUUUGCUAUGGGGGUGACUAUUGAUCAAGUGGACCGUUACUGUAGGCACCAUAGAGAAAAUUGGAAGUACAUUGCAACAGCAUUGAGCAAUACUGGCAAUACAUUUGAUGAAAAAAGAUGCAUGAACACAUGCAUGGAUGCUGCUAAUGGCUUAGAUAGUGAUGACUCAAGAGAACUAUUUGACCUCAAUACCUACACACAGCCUGAAGAUCUAGAAGGUGAGGAUUCAGACACUUUGCCAACUCCAACUAGGCAUGCAACGGUUGACAACACAUCUUCUAGCACUAGUCAAGCUAGCAAGAAGCGUCCAAGAGCCAAGAACUCACCAACUAAGAAGUCAAAAAAGACCAUUUUGCUGAUUCCACUGAUGAAAUUAGUGCUACAAUGA